AUGAAAAACUCCAUCGAGCUUACAUCUGCUCAGAAUGAGGAUAAAGAAGCAGACACUCAGAAUGGAGAUGAAAAGAAAAAGGCGAAUACAUUGGGUGUUGGAUUCUUUCAACUGUUCCGAUUUGCCACCACAAAAGACACUGUGAUGAUGGUGUUGGGUGGCAUUUGCGCCGUCAUCCAUGGAGCAGCUACCCCUCUGAUGCUUCUGGUUUAUGGGAGGAUAACAAACACUUUUGUGGCCUAUGACCUUGAGGUCCAAGAACUGACAGAUGGAAACAAAGUUUGCAUCAAUGACACAAUCCACUGGAUAAAUGGUACAAUAUACGAAACAGCAGAAAACCUCACUCUGAUAUGUGGGGUGGAUAUUGAAGCACAGAUGACCAUGUUUGCAUAUUACUAUGUUGGAAUUGGAUUAGGAGUUAUGCUUCUUAGUUACAUUCAAAUUGUCUUCUGGGUGUCAGCAGCUGCAAGACAGAUUCAAAGAAUCCGGAAGACUUAUUUCCGAAAAGUGAUGAGAAUGGAGAUUGGAUGGUUUGACUGUAACUCUGUUGGUGAACUGAACACAAGGAUAUCUGAUGACAUCAACAAGAUCAACAACGCCAUUGCUGAUCAGGUGUCUUUCUUUAUUGAGAGGCUCUCUACAUUUGUGUUUGGUUUCUUGGUUGGGUUCAUCGGUGGGUGGAAGCUGACUUUAGUCGUCAUAGCAGUAAGCCCACUAAUCGGUGCAGCUGCUGGACUCAUGGCUAUGGCGGUGGCCAGACUGACAGGCAGGGAGUUGACGGCCUAUGCAAAGGCAGGAGCAGUGGCCGACGAGGUCCUGUCAGCUAUCAGAACUGUAGCUGCAUUUGGUGGAGAGGAGAAAGAAGCUGAACGGUAUGACAAAAACCUUGUGGAAGCUCAGAACUGGGGUGUGAAAAAGGGCACAAUCACAGGAAUUUUCCAAGGAUACCUAUGGUGCAUCAUUUUGCUUUGCUAUGCUUUGGCCUUUUGGUAUGGAUCUAAACUGGUUAUCGACACAAAGGAGCUGACCCCUGGUACUCUUAUUCAGGUGUUCUUUGGAGUUCUUAUUGCAGCCAUGAACCUGGGACAGGCCUCGCCGUGUCUGGAGGCUUUUGCUUCUGGUCGUGCGGCUGCGAAGACCAUCUUUGACACCAUUGACAGGGAGCCAGAAAUUGACUGUUUUUCUGAUGACGGUUACAAACUAGACAGAGUGAAAGGUGACAUUGAGUUUCGUGAUGUCACUUUUCAUUACCCAUCUCGGCCUGAAGUUAAGAUUUUAAACAAUAUCAACGUGCAAAUCAAAGCAGGAGAAACCACAGCUUUUGUUGGACCAAGUGGAUCUGGAAAGAGCACAACGGUCCAGUUAAUCCAACGGUUUUAUGACCCCAAGGAAGGAAUGGUGACUUUGGAUGGUCACGACAUCCGCAGUUUGAACAUCCAGUGGCUUCGUUCUCUCAUUGGUGUUGUAGAGCAGGAGCCGGUGCUGUUCGCUACGACCAUUGCAGAGAACAUUCGCUAUGGACGACCUGGUGUGACAAUGGAAGAUAUAAUCAAGGCGACAAAAGAGGCUAAUGCCUACAAUUUUAUCAUGGAUCUGCCUCAGAAAUUUGAUACGAUGGUUGGAGAAGGUGGAGGUCAGAUGAGUGGUGGACAGAAGCAGAGGAUCGCCAUCGCCCGAGCUCUGAUCCGAAACCCUAGAAUCCUACUGUUGGAUAUGGCCACAUCAGCUCUAGACAAUGAAAGUGAAGCUAUUGUUCAGGAAGCACUGGAUAAGGUACGCAUGGGGAGGACGACGAUCUCCAUAGCUCACCGUCUGUCCACGAUUAGAAAUGCAGAUGUUAUUGUUGGUUUUGAGCACGGACAGGCGGUGGAAAGAGGAACUCAUAGUGAGCUGUUGGAGAGACAAGGCGUCUACUUCACUUUGGUCACCCUUCAGAACCAGGGGCCAUCGGGGGACAAAUCCAAUCCAGUUAGUGAUGGUACUGAAGAAGACUUUGAUGGAAAAGUCAGGAGCUUUAGUCGUGGAAGCUGCAGAUCCAGUAAAAGGUCCAGUAAAUCCAGGAGUUCUAUUCGACUGCGAUCUGCCAGCAACCUGUCACAUGACUUUAUUCCUGAUGCGGUGUCAGGCAGCUUCAAGAUCAUCUCACAAGUAGAGAUCACAUCAGAAAAUAAGGAACAUGAUGAAGAUUCAGAUGAGCAUGAGGAGUCUGCUCCAGUGGCUCGUAUCCUUAAAUACAACCAACCUGAAUGGCCGUAUAUGCUGUUGGGUUCACUGGGAGCUGCUGUAAAUGGAUCUGUCAUCCCUAUCUAUGCUAUCCUCUUCAGCCAGAUUCUUGGAACUUUUGCCAUUCGUGAUGUGAAUGAACAGAAGGAGCAGAUCAACGGGAUUUGUGUUCUCUUUUGCAUUGUGGGUGUGAUGAGUUUCUUUUCCCAGUUUUUGCAGGGAUUGGCUUUUGCUAAAUCUGGAGAGCUGCUGACCCGCCGGCUUCGAAAAGUAGGAUUCCAGGCCAUGUUAAGGCAGGAGAUUGGCUGGUUUGAUGACCCCAAAAACAGCCCUGGAGCUCUCACCACCAGACUGGCCACCGAUGCAUCAAUGGUCCAGGGGGCAACAGGCUCUCAGAUCGGCAUGAUUGUCAACUCACUGACCAACAUCGGUGUGUCCUUCAUCAUUGCCUUCUACUUCAGUUGGAAGUUAACGUUGGUGAUCAUGUGCUUCCUGCCAUUCAUCGGGCUGUCUGGGGUUUUUCAAGCCAAAAUGCUGACAGGCUUUGCAAAUGAAGAUACAAAGUCAAUGGAAGCAGCCGGUCGGGUUUCCAGUGAAGCUCUUUCCAACAUCAGAACCAUCGCAGGUUUGGCAAAAGAGAAGACAUUUGUGGAAUCAUACGAGCAGAAACUUGAGUUGCCUUAUAAAUCUGCCAAGAAACGAGCCAACAUCUAUGGCCUGUGCUUUGGCUUUGCUCAGUCUGUCAUCUUCUUGGCAAACGCUGCUUCAUUUAGAUACGGAGGCUAUCUCGUUAGCACUGAAGGAUUACCAUACAUGUUGGUUUUCAGGGUGAUUUCAGCUGUGGUGACCAGUGGGACGGCCCUGGGCAGAGCCUCCUCCUUCACCCCAGACUAUGCCAAAGCCAAAAUUGCUGCAGCUCAGUUUUUUAAACUACUGGACCGCAUCCCUAAAAUCAGCAUUAGCAGCACAGACGGAGAGAAAUGGGAUAAUUUCAAGGGUGAAAUAGAGUUCCUCAACUGUAAGUUCACGUAUCCAACACGGUCGGACACUCAGGUGUUAAAAGGGCUGAUUGUGUCUGUGAAGCCUGGUCAGACUUUGGCCUUUGUCGGGAGCAGUGGCUGUGGGAAAAGCACCAGUGUUCAGCUGUUGGAGAGGUUUUAUGACCCCGACGAAGGAAACGUGUUGAUUGAUGGCCACCCAUCGCAAAGAGUCAACGUGCCCUUCCUUAGAGCUCAGAUUGGCAUAGUGUCCCAGGAGCCAGUCCUGUUUGACUGCAGCGUUGCUGAGAAUAUACAGUAUGGAGAUAACACCCGCAGUGUCAGCAUGGAGGAGAUUACUGAGGCUGCAAAGAAAGCCUACCUUCAUGACUUUGUGAUGACGCUUCCAGAUAAAUACAACACUCAAGUUGGUGCUCAGGGCUCUCAACUGUCCAGAGGACAAAAACAGCGUAUUGCAAUUGCUCGGGCCAUAGUCAGAAAUCCCAAAAUCUUGCUGUUGGAUGAAGCAACCUCUGCCCUGGACACGGAGAGUGAAAAGAUUGUUCAGUCUGCUCUGGAUGAGGCAAGAAAAGGACGAACCUGCAUAGUCAUUGCCCACAGACUGUCUACCAUCCAGACGGCUGAUAUCAUAGCAGUAAUGUCACAAGGGGCUGUCGUAGAACAAGGCACACAUAAUGAACUCAUGUCUAAGAGGGGUGCAUAUUAUAAUCUGGUCACCACGGGCGCUCCCAUCAGCUAAGUGCACCAUCAUAAGAUGUGAAUUUAAUGAAAAAUGUAGUUUUUCAUAGGCUUCAUUGCAGAUAAGAUAAAUUAGAUUCUCUCUUGUGGGGCGGUCUUGGCUUAGAUACUGAUGCUCAUUUUCUAAGAUGUAACAUGAAGAAAGAAGAAACUGUCCUCGCUUUCUGGUUUUGCAGAAUAAUUUUUUGAUCAGUUUGUUGUAAUUACAGUAUUUGUCAGAACAAUAUAGCGUAUAUUUAUUUGUUUAUGAGGUUAGU